AAGUGAAGUAGACCGGAAACAGUCUCCAAAUCGCGCGAUAUUAAAUUCAACGAGAGUUUAGCCCGUUCUUUUCCUCAGGAGCGUCAGGCAAGAUGGCGGAUACCGAGAUCAAGAAGAAGCGUACGUUCAGGAAGUUCACCUACAGAGGAGUGGACCUGGACCAGCUCCUGGACAUGUCCUAUGAGCAGCUUAUGCAGCUGUACUGUGCCCGUCAGAGGAGGAGGUUGAACCGUGGACUGCGCCGUAAGCAGCAGUCCCUCCUCAAGCGUCUGCGUAAGGCCAAGAAGGAGGCUCCGCCCAUGGAGAAGCCAGAGGUGGUCAAAACCCACCUCCGGGACAUGGUCAUCCUGCCUGAAAUGGUCGGAUCAAUGGUCGGCGUGUACAAUGGAAAGACAUUCAACCAGGUUGAAAUCAAGCCUGAGAUGUGUGGCCACUACCUGGGCGAGUUCUCCAUCACAUACAAACCUGUGAAGCACGGUCGUCCUGGUAUCGGUGCUACGCAUUCUUCUCGAUUCAUCCCUCUGAAGUAGAAUGGCUGUUUUCUUUGUAUAAAUAAAUUUUGGUGGUCCC